ACAUCAACGGGAGCGAUUUGAAGAACUCCUGCGAUUUUAGUUUUAGUAUAGUUAUCAAGUGGUUAAACUAUUACAAGAAAAUAUUUCGGUAUUGUGUUGCGUUGAUUAAAUUACUCAACACAAACCGAGUGGGCACCAUUGUUUCAUCACUUACAGGUUAAAUGGUGAAAAUGACUCAAAUCAACGAAGGGAAGAUAAGGCAGUGCUUAACAAAAUAUCAACAUCCCGACCUCACCUAUCGCGAUGUUGUCAGCGUACUCAGCCAAUAUUUUGCUCUGCAGUAUAGAGUAGAGCCGUAUGUAUUCACGGAUGGAACACGCAAAGAAUUAUUCAGCUUACAAGGAACGAUACCAGUUACUUAUAAAGGAAAUGUCUACAACAUUCCUAUCUGCGUAUGGUUGAUGGAUACCCAUCCCAAUAACGCACCAAUAUGUUACGUUAAGCCUACAGCAGACAUGAACAUCAAGGUCAGCAUGUAUGUGGAUCACAAUGGAAAAAUUUACCUUCCUUAUCUUCACGAAUGGGUCCCUCAAAAAUCAGAUUUGUUAAGCUUGAUUCAAGUGAUGAGAAUAACUUUUGGAGAACAGCCACCAGUUUAUGCUAAACCCAAGAACGACAAUCAGACUUCUUCAACGCCGUAUCCUGUACAGUCCUUCAUGCCAGUUCCCGGUAGUGGUGGAACUUCUACUAGUGGUUUUCCACCUUAUCCUAGCGCUUCACAGUACGGAACUGGCAGUAACGUUUAUCCACCUUAUCCAACAUCUGGAACACCUGGAAUGCCAUAUCCUGGGUACACUCCAUACCCCGGUAGCACAUCGAGUUACGGGGGACCCGUGUUCCCGGGUUCUUACCCAACGCCAUAUCCGCCAGUCACACAACCAUCGCCGAGGGUGCCUGGAAAUUCUAGCAACACAGAUACGAUAUCCGAGGAACAUAUCCGAGAGUCUCUGUUGUCCGCUGUUGGUGAUAAAUUAAGACGCCGUUUGCGUGAGCAGUUAUCUCAGGGAGAAGCAGAACUAGAAACUCUGCGUCGCACCGAGCAGGAACUAGCGAGCGGAUCAGCUCGGUUAGAGGAAUUGCUCAACAAGCUGAAUCGGGAGAAAUCUGAACUUGAGAAAAAUAUAAAUAUACUCGAGGAAAAGGAGAGCGAAUUGGAAAGAGAAAUUAGUAAACUUUCCGACAAUCAAACCAUCGAUGUUGACGAAGCAGUAACGACAAUUGCUCCCUUGUACAAACAGAUGCUGAAUGCCUUUGCGGAGGAAGCUGCUAUCGAAGAUGCGAUUUAUUAUCUUGGAGAAGGGCUGCGCGGAGGGAUCAUAGAUUUAGAAGCAUUUUUGAAGCAAGUUCGACAGCUGUCACGUCGGCAAUUUAUGCUCCGGGCACUAAUGUUGCGUUGCAGACAGAAGGCUGGUCUGGCAGGAUGAAUAGAAAUUGAUCUUGGUGCUGAGAUGAUGAACUAUUGGCUUUAAAAUGUAAUUAAUUAUACCUACACAUGUUAUACCAAGAUAUGCGAACAAAGAUUUAUUUACGACGUACCAUGUAUAUUAAGAAAAAAAAAUUUAUCGAUAACAUUAUACCACAGAAUGAAUACAAAUAAAAAGUAAUAACUCUGUAAUAAAAUAAAGUCCUGAUGAAAUGA